AUGAGCAAGAUCCGUUCGUCUGCGACAAUGCCCCAUCGUAACCAGCAGUCACCGGCGUCGCCUCUCGUAGUCACACUCAACUGUAUCGAGGAUUGUGCGCUUGAGCAGGACUCACUCGCCGGCGUUGCUGGUGUUGAAUACGUCCCGCUCAGUCGCAUCGCCGAAGGUAAGAUCGAGUCAGCAACCGCCGUUCUCCUCCAUUCCCUCGCCUAUCUUCCCCGUGCAGCUCAACGACGACUCCGUCCUCAUCAGCUCAUUUUAUGCCUUGGUUCUGCUGAUCGAGCUGUCGAUUCGACUCUCGCCUCCGACCUAGGUCUCAGACUCGUCCAUGUCGAUACUUCCAGAGCCGAGGAAAUCGCGGAUACUGUCAUGGCGCUCAUCCUUGGACUUCUCAGGCGGACGCAUUUGCUCUCGCGCCACGCGCUUUCUGCUUCCGGUUGGCUCGGAUCGCUUCAGCCGCUUUGCCGGGGAAUGAGACGGUGUCGUGGUAUGGUUUUGGGUAUCAUUGGCAGAUCUGUAUCCGCUCGGUAUUUGGCUAGUAGGAGUUUGGCUUUCAAGAUGAGUGUGCUCUACUUUGAUGUCCCUGAGGGAGAUGAAGAACGAAUCAGGCCUUCGAGAUUUCCACGUGCUGCUCGAAGAAUGGAUACAUUGAAUGAUUUACUAGCAGCAAGUGAUGUGAUUUCACUUCAUUGUGCAUUAACAAAUGACACUGUUCAGAUACUCAAUGCAGAGUGUUUGCAGCAUAUAAAACCUGGGGCUUUUCUUGUAAAUACCGGAAGCUGCCAGCUGCUGGAUGAUUGUGCUGUGAAACAACUUCUAAUUGAUGGCACUAUAGCUGGCUGCGCGCUUGACGGUGCUGAAGGUCCACAAUGGAUGGAAGCAUGGGUGAAGGAAAUGCCGAAUGUGUUAAUCCUACCUCGCAGUGCAGAUUACAGUGAAGAAGUUUGGAUGGAGAUAAGGGAGAAAGCCAUAUCUAUCUUGCAUUCAUUUUUCUUAGAUGGUGUGAUACCAAAUAACACUGUUUCCGAUGAAGAAGUUGAGGAAAGUGAAGCAAGUGAAGAAGAGGAACAAUCACCUAUCAGACACGAGAAGUUAGCGCUAGUGGAAUCCACCAGUAGGCAACAGGGAGAAAGUACUCUCACUAAUACUGAAAUCGUUCGUAGAGAGGCUAUUGACUCCAAGGAAUCUCUUAGCCCUGGUCAGCAGCAACAGGUUUCUGUUCUGCCUCAGAAUACUGCCAUAAAACCUGAAGUAAGACGCAGCAGAUCUGGUAAGAAAGCCAAAAAGAGGCAUUCACAGCAAAAAUACAUGCAAAAAGCUGAGGGUUCCUCAGGUUUACACGAAGAAAGUACAUCACGAAGAGAUGAUACUGCAAUGAGUGACACGGAAGAAGUAUUGAGUUCCAGUUCUAGAUGUGCUUCUCCCGAAGAUUCAAGAAGCAGAAAAACACCUCUUGAAGUAAUGCAAGAGUCUUCCCCAAAUCAGCUUGUAAUGUCAAGUAAGAAGUUCAUUGGAAAGUCGAGUGAACUGCUGAAAGAUGGAUAUGUAGUAGCCUUGUACGCAAAAGACCUCUCUGGACUCCAUGUUUCCAGGCAAAGAACUAAAAACGGUGGUUGGUUCCUGGAUACUUUGUCCAAUGUAUCCAAACGGGAUCCUGCUGCACAAUUCAUUAUUGCAUACAGAAACAAGGACACUGUUGGUCUGAGAUCAUUUGCUGCCGGUGGGAAGUUACUGCAGAUCAAUAGAAGAAUGGAGUUUGUGUUUGCUAGCCACAGUUUUGACGUGUGGGAGAGUUGGAGUCUAGAAGGUUCUUUGGACGAAUGUCGGCUUGUCAACUGCAGGAACUCCUCUGCAAUAUUGGAGGUGCGUGUGGAGAUACUGGCGAUGGUAGGAGACGAUGGUAUCACACGAUGGAUCGAUUAA